UGUUGUAGAUUUCAACAUGGCUUGCGCAUUUCCAGAAGAAGACUUAAACGAAGAAUGCGACAGUUGUGGUAGCCAUCGUACAUGUUUUUGUUUGAAAUGUGUUACUAGUUUGUGUGACAAGUGCAAAGAAAAACAUGUUGACAACGAAGAUGAUCACGACAUUUUGGAACUACCACCCAUGGAACCGGAUAUGCCGGUUUGCGAUGUACACGAUAUUACGUGCACUCUCUACUGCUGGACAUGUCAGGAAUCUUUGUGCCAAUCCUGUGUGCAGGAAAAACAUACGGGAGAUGACCACUACGUCUUAGAUAUAGAAUCCGCCGCACUUAUAAAACGAAACCAGAUUAUCAAAGAACACGCUGAAGGUAAACACAUAAUAUCACCACAAAUUCAGAACCAAGUACAGAAUAUCCAGGACGGUGUUGAAGUGUACAAAGCCUACAUUCAAAGCAUUAAGGAUGCCAUGAUUGCUCAAGCAGAAAGAAUGAAGGAAAUGGUCAAUGAAAUCGUUGAAGAGCGUCAAAGGGAAUUGAAAGAGAUGGAAAGAAAUAGUGCAAUCACAUUAGAACAGCAAAGACAGAAAUUGGAGGGACACAUGGCAGAAAUUCAUGAUACAAUAAAUGAGUAUCGUGAGACUGAACAAACUGGAGAUCCUGAGAAAAUAAAAGAGUUUGCCGAUAAAAAUAAGGACAAAAUCAAACGACUGAAACAGCUCCCCGAGUUGGAAGAAGUUAGACCACCAACAUAUGAAUCACCAAGAGUCGAUAUUGAAUUCAUCAGGCAAAUGUUCGGACAUUUGGUGUUGAAGCAGCACACUUGGUCCACAACUGAAAGCUUAUCCAUUCCCAACCAGGAGGAGCUGCUUCAAUUACCAGAGCUUGAUAAAGAAGAAAUCCGCAAGAGAUUUGGCACACUGACUGUCACAGAAUCAGAACGAACAGAAGAGCACCAUGAUUCCGAAAAUCCAGAAAACUUAAAUAUGAACUCGGAUGAUGAUCAAACUUCCACAAUUCAUGACCUGGAAGAAAUGACAGAAGAAAGUCUGAUUGAAGAAGUGUCUAGGGAUAAUGACGAUGAAACCUUCAGAAAUGAAGAGCAGAACACUUCGGAUCCAGAAAGUGAUCAUUGAUUGUACAAAGUCCUAACAGAAAAACUCAGGCACAUAAAACAUGAAACAACUAAACUGAUAAUAAAGAAGAAACAUUGAAACUUCCAAUUAUUUUAAUUGCUUUAAACUAUGUCAUUCAUCUUAAAUGCAAUUUAUUAAAAAGACAGUGCACGUGGUAUAUUUCACACUUUUAUCUUAUAACAAGACAAAAGGAGCCUGCCCCCCCCCCUUUUUUUUAAGAAAACCCUUCAUUUCAAAUAAACGUGGCUCAUAA